AUGGUUGAACCUUUGAAGUACUUAUUCCUUCUCGUAGCUCUUUCGCUAAGGGCAGUCGCCACUGAAGCAAGGAAUAAACUUCCCGGCAUCCAGUCCAAUGGCGAUACAGCUCCCCAGACCUUUUUCAGAGAUCUUCGUGAAACUAUGUCCGAUACAGGCAACGAAUACGGCCAAUACGAUGGCCGCUACAUGUAUGAAGGAGACACUACCGAUGCAGAUAAUGAUGGCUAUGAACAAGUUUCGGAAGAAGUCCAAGGAGCUACCAGACUUUUACCUCGGAGACUGCUACCCGAAGAAGAUACCGUAGAGGCCAAAUUGACAAUUGAAAUAUCAAAUCCUUAUAACGGGGAGUGGAGUUUUCCUUGGAAUAAAGAGAAGGACGCGGAGGAUGAUGAGAUUGACGAUGAAAAUGACUGGGAUUUUGAACAAGAUCAGGAAGAAGAAGAAGAGGAACCAAUUAGAAAUCGAAAAUCCGCAGGUCAGAGUCAUGGCAGGAAACGGUAUUCUUUUACCUACAACGCUCUUAGUGAGAACCCCGUAGAAGGGGACCAAAACCGCGAACCAGGAAUGCUCAAUACAACAAGUUUGUAUUUCGGUAUUGAGUUUGAUAUUGGCAAGCCUGACAAAGACUGCGAAGCAGAAAACGAUUGUGGGGCAGAAAAAGAUUGUGGGGCAGAAAAAGAUUGCGGAGCAGAAAAAGAUUGUGAACCUUGUAAAUGGUUCUGGUUUUUCACUAUCGAUGACCCUAACACAGAAAAUCCAGAAAGCAUAAACUUACCUAACCUAGCAGGAUCAGCUAAGGAAUCCUUGAGUAAGACCACUAAUACUCCCCCACUACUUAUUGGGACUACAACGGAAGGUACCGAGAAGAUACCGAAACGUUUGAGUUCUAUUGCAAAUGCUCACGCUAGGGACCACCCCACAAGCGCUUUUACUGAUUCGACACCUGAAAGCAGCGGCCCAUCAACCUCUAUCGUUGGGGAUGGUGGUAUUUUUCACUCAAUUCCUGGAAUUAACCACCAAUAUACCUCAAUGACUAAACCAGACGACCCAGAUACCAACGGUAACGGGAAAAGUCAGGUGUUCCAAGGUACAAAAAUUGAACUCUCAACUGCCACUACAAAUGUUGCCAGUUCAACAAUCGUGAUGUCGAUCUUUGGCCAGACAACUGAUGCUGACACUUCCCACUGGAGAGAAAACUUAACCACAUCUUUCUACCAACAUGGUUUGUACUGGGAGAAGACGAGUGCAGGAACGAUCUUCACUCCGUAUAUAUGGCUUCACGUAUUUAUGGCUGUUUCCUUAGGGCUUGCUACAAUCCUUUACAUAUAG